AUGGAGAAAGGAAAUGAGACGUUAAUGGCAGAUUUUAUUCUCUUGGGACUCUUCCCCCAAAUGAAAUAUGUCGGUGUCCUCAUCCACAUUAUCAUCUUGGCUUACCUGGCUUCAUUCGCUGGGAACCUCAUCCUGCUCCUCCUGAUAUGGAUGGACCUGAAGCUCCAUACCCCAAUGUACUUUCUCCUCAGCCAGCUUUCUGUUGUAGACCUGGCCCUCAUUAGCACCACUGUUCCAAAGAUGGCAAUAAACUUUUUCUCUGGAAGGAAGAACAUCACACGUCUUGCUUGUGGAACCCAGUUAUUUUUCUUCUUUACUCUUGGGGGUGCUGAGUGCAUCUUGUUGACUUUCAUGGCCUAUGACCGUUACAUAGCUGUCUGUAAGCCCCUGAGAUAUGCAGUCAUUAUGAACCAUGCAGUCUGUUUACAAAUGGCUGUGGUGUCCUGGACAGGGGGCAUUCUAGCUUCCACAGCUCAUACUUCUUACACCAUGAGUCUGCCAAUGUGUGGCUCCAGAGAGAUCCACCAUUUCUACUGUGAGAUGCCAGGUUUCAUGAAGAUCUCAUGUGCAGACACUUCCACCUAUGAACUGGUGGUCUUUGUGAUGGGCAUUGCAUUUAUAGUUAUCCCCUUUGGACUCAUUAUGUCUUCUUACACCCUCGUCUUCCUCAGUGUCCUUCGUAUGAAAUCCCCCCAAGGUAGGAACAAGGCCUUGGCCACGUGCUCCUCCCAUCUUCUGGUGGUGAGUCUUUACUUAGGACCAUGUGUUUUCAUGUAUAUGACACCGGAUUCUUCCCACACACCUAAGCAAGACCAGAUAGGAGCUGUGCUUGGCACCAUUGUGACACCCAUGCUGAACCCCCUCAUCUACAGUCUGAGGAACAAGGAAGUGUUGGAAGCCCUAAAGAAGUGCAUGGGAAGGUGUUGUGACUGA